ACCUUAAUUUACUCAAAAAAUUCUCAGGAAAUAUUUAUUCUUGAAGUGAACUAAUCCUUUAAUGAUGCAAUAAGGCCUCUUGUGGCAAUGCAGAGAGUGCAGUAUUUGCAUUGCAAACGUUUGAAUAGACUCAUCUAAAACGGCCCAAGGGCUAUGACCAUCGUGUUUAAUAUUCAUGAUCUCUGCCCUUUCCACCAAUCAUAAAUAACAUACAGUAAAACUCUACUGAUCAAAACUCAUGUGAGCUUCAGACUACCCACCAUCCAGAACUGGUUCUUCUGCUUAAGGUAAAUCUAUAAGACUUCUCAAAUGAAUAGGCUAAGUUAAGACUGUAAUUUUUAACCACUCUCUCCUCUUUCCAUUCCAGAUCCUUGCUUGUAAAGAACUGGAAAAUGAACUCCACGGUCUGGAUUGUGGAUAGUUAUGAAGAAGCUCUUGCCAAAAACCUUGUGAUUGUUUCUCUCGGUCUUAUCAUUAACUUUAUUAACGGAAUGCUAGUGGUGACUUUCUUCUCCAAUCCAAUGUUUUCAAGAGACUCCAGAUACAUUUUAUACAUUCACCUGGUAAUCAAUGACAUGCUCAUGAUAUGCCUAUCAGUGACUUUAUAUGUGUUGACCUAUGUUUCACCAUUUGUGAAUUCUUCAUUGUGUUGUGUAUUGGUGGUGCUUGGUUCAACCACCUUUAUGAUCACUCCAUUGAAUCUGGCUGGUAUGGCAAUAGAGCGUUUCAUUGCUAUCUGUAAACCACUGCAUCAUGCCCAGAUUUGUACACCACAAAGGACCUACAUUUUUAUAUGUUUGCUGUGGGUUAUAGGAGCUAUACCUUCUCUGGCAGAUAUCAUUAUUCUACUCUUAAUCCAGCCCAUAUCUUUUUUCAGUUCUCUUGUACUUUGCUAUCCAUUCAGUCUGUUCCCUUCCAAAGCCCACAAGGAUCGCACCACUGCUUCACAAGUCAUUUAUAUGUCACUGGUGUGGAUAAUUCUCAUCUAUACUUACUGCAGAGUCCUUUUCACUGCCAGAAAGGCUGUUUCAAAGGGUUCAGCAAAUAAGGCUCAGAGAACAAUACUAUUGCAUGGAGUCCAGUUACUUCUUUGUAUGCUUUCCUAUAUCGCCCCUGUUUUAGAUUUAAUUGUCACGCCUUUUUUUCCUGUUCACAGAACAAAGAUCACUUUCUUAAAUUAUCUAAUCACAAAUAUUAUGCCAAGAUUACUGAGUCCUUUGAUAUAUGGGGUACGAGACCAGAAGUUUCUGAAACAAAUGAAGGAAUACUUUACUUGUAAAGUUAUUAUUGUAAAGAUUAUGCCAUCAAAAUUAUGAUUUUCAGUUGACUAAUAAUGUAUUUAUUUGUAUUUAUGUUUAAUUAAGACGUGUUUUAUUUGAGAACAUCAAAUUAUUCUCUGAACAGUGGCUCAGAAAGUGUUUAGACACUUUCAGAACUAAUAUCAUUCGUCUGAGUCAUAUUUGCUCACUGUCUUAUAAUCAGCUGGUGAUUUGGUGAUUUUUAGAGGAAGGGUGAAAUCAGUUUCCCUGAAGUAUUUUUGCCUAAAUAAAUAUAAAUACCAAAUAAAAUUUAUCAUAGCCAAACAGUAGUUUUAAGAUAAGCAAUUUGAGACAACUGCUUGUUAAUGACAGAACUGUAUUAUGAUUGUAUCAUGCCUAUAUGUGCCGCAUAAUAAUGUACUGUACACUGUAUACUGCAUUUGUUUGUUUAUUUGAGCGUUGAGUUAAAAUGUUACAUUUUCAAUAGCUAAAUUCUGCCAACAUGUCCACACACAAUCUUUGAUUAUUAUCUUUUAUCAAUACCACAUAUAAAUUAGGUUAAACAUAAAUGAGUAAUUAACCUCUUGAGUCUUGAGCUAUGUUCAGCUGUGUUUGUGUGCUUUAUAACAAAUGAAGUGGAUUAGAUGCAGCAUUCUGCUAUAGAUAUACUUUUUAUUUGAUACUUUAUGUACUAUUUAAUGUAGCAACUGUAUGAUCAAGAAUAAAGUGUAAUAUAGCCCUAUUGCAGGUUUUGAGUAAAUAUGAGCUGUGGGGAAAACAGAAUUGUGAGAUUUUUUUUUUUUUUUUUUUAUUCAGUGGCAGAAAUAAGAUUAGUGGAACUGAAGGCGUCAUGCUCAAACAUGAAACACACAUCAUAGAUAAACUUUUUCCAAUCAUGAAACUGUUCAUGAAAGUAUUCUGAAAGUAAUUCCACUCUGGAGAAGCUCCACAGA